CAAAUCAUAACACAUGCAAAGACACUCUCAUUGAACCUUUGAUCUCUUUCUUUGCUCAUUUGGUACGUUUCCGUUUUUCUCCCAGAGAGUACUUGCUCAUGGGUGCUCUAACUGCAGACUUCUCCAGAAACCAUAUCGUCCCUCUUGACUUUGCUUCAGUCCAGACCGUGCCUGAGUCUCAUGUAUGGUCCGAAUCCGACGAUGAAUACCGGUGUCCUUCCGGCAGUACAGCUGACCCAUGUUUAUCUGUACCUAUCAUCGAUCUCUGGGAUCCGAAUGCCACACAUCUUAUUUUCGAAGCAUGUGAGAAAUGGGGUGUUUUUCAGUUGACGGGUCAUGGCAUUCCGGCAAAGCUUAUAGAGGAGGUGGAGGACAAGACGCAAAGGUUAUUCUCUCUCCCCGUUGACCAGAAAUUGAAGGUCCUAAGAUCUCCGGGUGCCGGCACCGGGUACGGCCGGGCUAUGAUCUCGCCCUUCUUCCCAAAACAUAUGUGGCACGAGGGGUUUACUAUCAUGGGUUCUGCAGCAGAUCAUGCUAAGCAUCUUUGGCCCCAUGACUAUGAAGAGUUUUGUGUUACAAUGGAUGAGUACCAGAAGCAAAUGAAGGCACUAAUCGAGCAACUAAUCCACAUUAUAUUGAAAUCCUUGAACAUUAGUUCCCAAAAAUUGAGUUGGCUUAAGAGUCAGUGCUCUGGUCACUGUACUAGUACUACUCCAGGCACUGCUUUGCAGCUAAAUUCUUACCCUCCCUGCCCAAACCCUAACCGAGCCAUGGGGCUAGCACAACAUACGGACACUUCCCUCGUCACCAUACUCCAAGCUCAGACCAGCGGCCUCCAAAUCUUCCGAGACGACGUAGGAUGGAUUUCGGUGCAACCCGUACGUGGUGCACUCACUGUUAAUAUUGGUGACUUCCUCCACAUUCUCUCCAACGGCCGAUUUGUUAACGUUCUUCAUCGUGUGGUGGUGAACUCGAUCCAACGCUUCUCAGCGGCCUACUUCUAUGGUCCGCCUUCGGAUUUUCUCAUCUCGCCUCUUCUCUCCGAGACUUUGUGUGACUCGGAAGAAGCCGUUGCUCGGUAUCGCUCUGUUACUGCUAAGGAGUUUAUUGGUAUGAAGGCCAAGCAUCUCGACCGAACCCUUUCCUUGCUUAAAACUUAAAUGGGAAAUUACUUAGGCAAUUCUAAUUAAACUAGCUAGCUAGGUCAAAUUCUAACGGGGUCUUUUGCGUGCAUCAUGAUACAUACAUGUACGCAACCAACCUUUGUUUUCAUAUUCGAAAAUGACAAAGAUCACGAUCAUUGUAGGAACAUAUUUUAUUAUAUUCAUCAAUAAUUUUCCUUUCAAUGUUCCUAAUUG